AUGGAUAGACCGGGUGAACUUCCCCGUCGCCAAGACUUUCGCGUUGGCUGGAUUGCAGCACUCCAAAAGGAGUACCUCGCGGCACGACAAGUGCUAGAUGUGCAUUAUGAAGACUAUGAAGUCAGUCGACAUGCGAGUGAUGUGAAUCACUACACAUUCGGGCGGAUUGGGAAGCACUAUAUUGUCAUUGCAAACCUUCCCACCGGUGUGAUCGGAACACAUUCUGCCUCUGCUGUCGCAAAUGGCUUGACGAACACCUUUCCUUUGAUUCGAUUUGCACUCAUGGUUGGGAUUGCGGGAGGCGCUCCAACCGAAAAGAACGAUGUCAGACUCGGCGAUGUCAUCAUCGGAACCAGAAUGGUCCCGUACUCCUUUAUCAGGCAACAUCACGAUAGGCGGGAGAACAUUGGAGAUAUCAUCGUCUCUUCCCGUGAUCUAUUGUCAACAACAAACGCCGUCCAAGCAAAGAUCACAGAGGGUACCGUGGAGUUGGACAACAUUAUCACUUCCAGGUUCAAUAAAACGGAAGCAAUCAUAGAGAGUUUCAAGCGCCCGGACGCUGGCUCUGAUCGUCUCUACCAGUCGGACUACAUCCAUGCCAAGUCAUGUGACUGCCUCGAUGCUCAUUCAAACUACCCCGAUACCCAAGUUCAAAGAGAGGAGCGCAAGCUUUACGAAAAGAUCAAAGUCCACUACGGCCCGAUUGGGUCAGCAGACAUUGUGCUCAGAGACGCCAAUGAACGUGACAGAUUGUCUGAAAAAUUCAAUCUAUUAGGUUUCGAAAUGGAGUCAGCUGGGAUCUGUUUAGACAAACUACCGAUCCUCCCAGUCCGAGGCAUUUGUGACUACGCCGAUUCACACAAGAGCAAACAAUGGCAAGGUUAUGCCGCUGCCGUGGCCGCCGUCUACGCUCGAUGUCUUUUGCAAAGUGUCUCUUCCGGAGAGUUGUUUGAGGCAAAUAAUCCAGUCAAUGCAGAGGAUCUCACGAAAGAAAUCGAGCUCCUAGUCACAACAGUGACUAAAAUGACGUCUACUCGUCUCGAAGAACAGUUACAAAGACAUGAAUCUAAGUUGGAAGAACACGACAAGAUAUAUCACAACGCCAGCCAAACAAUGAAAGAGGUGCGCGAGAUGAUAAAAAUGAUGUGGAUUGUUUUUGAAAAUUCCGCUCAAGUCAAUUCCAAAACCUUCAAUGAUCUGGAUCGCCAAACGAGAGACAACACAGUAGCAAUUCAAUCAGCACAUCUCAAGAUUGAAGAAGGACAAAAACAGCUUCAGAAGAUUCUCGAUAAGAUGCAAGACCACAUUCAAAGACAACAAGAGAUCAGCUCACCCGAGCAAAGGCCAAAAUGGGAAGUUCUACAAGCUGAGGCCGAAAAAGAAAAUACCUCUUUGGAAGAGGUUACUAAGAAGACCGAAGCAGCCCUGGGUUCUGCAGUGAUUGUCUUUGAUCAGCUUAGCACCGUCACUAGGAACCCGAAGUUUGAAAAGGCUAGUGGGGUCGCAAAGUUACCCAAAGGGUUGAACGCCAUCAGACUCAAAUAUCAACUGGAUCAAGCUCGAAGUAUUCAGGGAAUCCCCAACGAGUCAUUCGCAAGCUACCACCACGCCCUGAAUUCCAAAAAUGGAAUGGGGGAAAUCAGCAAAAGGGAUCAGGUUGUCAGCCUGUGA